AUGGUGAGGUCUAAAGAGCUUCCUGAUGCCCUCAGAAAGAAGAUUGUGGCCGCUUACGACUCUGGUGUUGAAGAGGAAGUAAUAAAUGUCGUUGACAUGCUUAAACCAGUCAUGACCUUUUCCCAAGACGGUGACUGUGUGGUCUAUAAAGUACAGUCCUCCAUUCUUAAGACAGAAAACAAGUUCAGAUUAGGUGAAGAGUUUCAUGAUGAAGUUUUCCCUGGCAGAUUCUGCAAAAGUACUAUGAACCUGGAAGGAAAAAAACUCAUCCAUGUACAGCUCUAUAAGGGCUGGAUUAUCACGAUUGUCCGAGAGAUCCAGGAUGGGGAAAUGAUUGAGACUAGGACAUGUGAAAAUGUCCCAGCAGUUCUUAUAUAUGAGAGGGUGUAA